AGUCAGUGUUUAAGUCAUAUGAUAGCUGUUCACUCUGGUCUUUGAGUAACUACGAGUUUUUCAGUUAACAUCAGGUUCUACAAUAUAAAUCUACUAAGUUCUUGGUUGUUGGCCGAUAGCGACGCCCGUGAGGUAGUAUUUUUUCUGUUCUGGGUCUCCAGAAGUUAAUUAUUCUUGUUUUAUUUCUUAUAGAUACCAUUCAGUGCCCUGCCAUAUUGUGGCUAUAUCACUGGGCAGUCUGGGCUAUAUUGGUACAGCUGGGAAUCUUGGGAUUUCACGAAACAUGUAAUCGUAACACGUGACAAAACCAGUAUUUCCUGUAUCCAAACGCUAUAGCGACCAUCGGACAUCGUCUGAUCGUAAAAGGCGUUGUUCCGUUGUUCGUUCCGUGGACCGUGGUGUGUCGCAGUGUCUAUCGCUAACUGGCUUCGACUCUUAAAACUGGUUUAUUGCUCCAUAAAUCAAACGAGUAUUUCCCAAAAGCAACCAAGAAAACGCACAAGUUGAAAGUUUUUCCAAAAUGCCUGGAAUAAAAAUUACUGAUGAAGAUCGGAAAAAGAUUGAUCGUAAAUUCAUUUGCACCAGUUGUAAUCUACUGCUGUCAACUCCAAUGCAGACUUCUUGUGGUCAUAUGAUGUGUUCUUCAUGUGUUGACACCCUGCUAGAGAGCUCAAAUCCAAGAUGUCCUGAUGAUGGCACAGAAUUGACGAAAGAUCAGGUAUUUCCUGAUGCGUUCACUAAACGUGAAUUGCGAGCAUUGUCCUUACAUUGUGCUAACCCUGGCUGUCGUUGGCAUGGCACGUACGUUGAACUGGAGGGUCAUUCCCAGGUGUGUGAACAUGCGCAGAUCAACUGUGUCCAUGCCCAAUGUAAGAUGAAGAUCCAACGUUCUCAUUUGGGUGAACAUUUGAAAAACGAAUGUGAAUAUCGCAGCGUGAAGUGUAAUUAUUGCCGCAAAGAUGUUCCAUUUGCUUCUCUUAAGGAUCAUGUCACUACAAGCUGUGAGAGUACGCCAGUGACUUGCAAAUUCUGCAAGCUAAAGGUUUUGAGAAGGGACCUUGAAAGACACGAACAAGUUGUGUGCGAAGAGAUUCCAGGAGAAUGUGAAUUUCAGGCCGUGGGUUGUAAUCAUGACAAGACUUCAACACGAAGGGAGCUACGCCAACAUAUGAAUGAUGGUUUGAUUGACCAUGUUCGUUUUUUGCUCCAGUUUUCUCUCAAUUCGCUUUCCCAACUCGGUGCAUAUAUCCCACGCCCAGAGUUCGCAGGAAUCGUUCAAAAAAUACGCGAUGAUAUCACCGAAGUUCGAACAGGUUUGGCUGAAAAGUUUGUGGCCUUGGUUGGACUGUUGACUGGAAUUGAGGAUGGUGGUCAUGGGAGAGGGAGUGAUGAAAUCCAUGAGUUAAGAGCGAGUAUUCAGAGCAUGACCACCGAAAUCAACAGCUUACGUGAAAAAGUUAGAAAUUUGGAGCAAAAAAAGAGAGAAAAAGAUGCACAAAUCGACCUGAUGCAAAGCAGAAUGGAUCAAAUUGACGAGUCUCUUACCCUUAACACCGUGAAAAUCACUGAUUUGGAGUCGCAGCGAGGACCACGUGCGCAGCAGCUCAUUCAUAGCUACAAUGGUACCUUACUGUGGAAAAUUGACGCCUAUCAGAGGAAACGUCAGGAUGCUAUCAACGGAGUGAAGACUGCCUUGUAUAGUCCACAUUUCUAUAGCGCUCAGUACGGGUAUAAAAUGUGUGCAAAGAUUUAUAUGAACGGAGAUGGAUUUGGGAAAGGAUCGCAUUUGUCCUUGUUCUUUGUGGUCAUGAAGGGUGAUUAUGAUUCUCUUCAAACCUGGCCAUUUCAGAAGAAGAUUACCAUAAUGCUCUUGGAUCAAGGUAACGGUGAUCACAUGGUCAAUGUGUUUCAUUCUGAUCCUCAAAGUUCCUCUUUUCAACGCCCAACGUCUGACAUGAAUAUUGCGAGUGGUUCUCCAUUGUUUAUGCCCAUUGAUAAUUUAAGUAAUCGUCAGUAUAUCAAAGAUGAUGUUAUGUUCAUCAAGAUCAUCGUCGAUUAAGGGACUUUUCCCAGUUUUCUAGCUGGAAAAGAGGUAUUUUCCACUUUUUCUGGUUAUAUUAAACAGGAAAAAGAUUUAUUGUAGAUAUGACUCAGGUUAAUUAAUACUGUGAUGGUUCUACUCGAAAGACCAGAAUGAGUUUUGAAAUAGCAAACCAAAAUGAGUUUUGAUGAGUAGCACAUCACUUCCGUUUAAUUAGUCUGGUUAUUUUCAUUUAAUGGUCUUCAGCUUCUUUCAAUUUAUUAUGUUGUCUGUGCUCCAGGAUGGGUCCAUAAUGCAGUGAUGGUAUAUUUGUCUGGUUUCUGUUUGAUGAAACAUUAACUUAUAAACCGUAGGAAAUUAAAAGUAAUCCAAACGUUUCAACUGAAACAUAAGCUGCAUGUUCUUUUGUCUUCUCUUUAUGCAUUGUGCUUUUAAAGUUUUGAGCUUUAUUGAGCUUGUGUUGUGUUGUUAAUAACAGAGCUUUGGUUUAGAUGCAAGGUGUGCAUUUCGGUUGCAUGGUUUUGUGCAUGUCGUUCCUGCAAAUGGAUCAAUGCGAAACUUCAAAUGAAGGAAGCUGCAGAAUAUAAAUAUGAUUAUGCAAAAUACAUAAUUAUAAUUACAAUAUAACUAUGUAUUUUUCAUUAUUAUUAUAAUGAUAUUAAAACUUAGUUAUGACUGGUGUGUUCACAUUUUGUGUAAUAUUUUUUUCCACUGGGGAUAUUUGGGUCUAUUCUAUUCUUGCAUAAAUGUAUAAGUUUGUAUAAUUAUUUUGUUAUUAUUAUUAUUAUUAUUCAUGCACCAUAAACAUAUAAUAGUUUAAACUAAACAUGGGCAUAUAAGUGUAAUAUAUGUAAUUGGGGGUAUAAUUAGUAGGGGUUAGGUGACAGUGGCAUGAUUGACAGGGAAUAUGAUUAGGUGUAAUACGAGAAGUGCGAUAUAGAGAGCUGCAUGUGUGUUAGCAGUGAGAUAUUGGAAUAAUAAAAUUCUGUUGUUAAUACUUAGUACUGUGGUUGGUUUAGUAGCGUAUAGUAUAUAAGGGUAAAGGUAAAUAUAUGUUGGGUCAAUAAGGCCAAUAAGCUAAA